GACGCUUCUGAUUGGCUUUCCAGCGUAAUGACAUCGUGCUUAAAAGAUAUCAACACGCGAUGAAACACUAGAAUCACCUUCAUCGACACGAUGUUUUCACGCGUCAGUUCCGCGGAGCUGCAGCAGACUCUCGGAUCGCUUCACAGUCUGAAUGAAUCGCAGUGGAGCAUCGCGAAGAAAUCAAAGGAUGUGACCGUCUGGAGGAGACCUUCGCAGGAGUUCAGCGGCUUUCUAUAUAAAGCUGAAGGAAGCGUAGCAGAGAAUCCGCAGCGGAUCAUGGACCACAUCCGGCCCGGGGCCUGCAGACUGGACUGGGACAGUAUGAUCACUUCACUGGAGAUCCUGCAGACGCUAGACCAGGGCUGUUGUGUUGUGAGGUACACCACCGCAGGGCAGCUGUGGAACAUCAUCUCUCCGAGAGAGUUUGUGGAUUUCUCCUGCACCAGCGAGUAUCAGCGUGGCCUGCUGUCCUGCGGUCAGUCGCUCUCAAAACACCUCAUUUGUUUUCUAGAUCAGCUGUUUAGCUCGAGUGAAGCCACUGGAGGACCGAUCACAACACAUCUGGUUACCAUCUGCUGCUGUGAGCUGGCGGAUCUGGGGCCGGAUCAUUUAAGAAAGCCAAUCUUAAGGGCCGGUCACACUUCAUAUUUCCUUCAUUUGACUUCAGUUCGUGUGAGCGUGGAGCAUGACGAGCAGAGAGCAGGCCUGGUUCGAGGAUGCAAUCAUCCGUGUGGCUGGUUCUGUGUGCCGGCGCAGGACUCGGAGCUCAGUGUGCUGACCGGAUACAUCCAGACGGAGCUGAGGGGAAUGCUGCCGCAGCCGGCGGUGGACACAGCUAUGGCCAGCGGUCUGCUCCACUUCUACAGUGACCUGAGACGAGCGCUGAACACUUAGUGUUUCAUCUGACGAACUCUAACGAGCCGCCUCUGAUGCUCCUCAUAUACAGGAUUUUGUAAAUAAUCGUCACAUUCAUUUAUUAGUGCACGUUUUGUUUUGUCUGUUUGU